GAGAGAGGAGAGAGAGAGAAGAGAGCAUGUGCGAUGAGCAAUAGCUGUGGACCUUACAGUUGCUGCUAACUGCCCUGGUGUGUGUGAGGGAGAGAGAGAGAGGGAGGGAGGGAGGGAGGGAGAGAGAGCGCACUAGCGCGAGAGAGCGAGUGAGCAAGCGAGCAGAAAAGAGGUGGAGAGGGGGGGAAUAAGAAAGAGAGAGGAGGAAAGGAGAGAAGGCAGGAAGAAGGCAAGGGGACGAUACAACCAUGCUGUGCUGUAUGAGAAGAACCAAACAGGUUGAAAAAAAUGACGAGGACCAAAAGAUUGAACAAGAUGGCAUCAAACCCGAAGACAAAGCUCAUAAAGCCGCGACCAAAAUUCAGGCGAGCUUCCGUGGACACAUAACGAGGAAAAAGCUCAAAGGAGAGAAGAAGGGCGAGGCCCAGGCUGCCGAGGCUGAGGAGCAGGAGAAGAAGGAAGACGCCCCUGUAGCUGAUGGAGUGGCCAAGAAGGAGGGAGAAGGCCCGGCGACCGCCGAGGUCACCAAGGGCGUCGGCCCCAAGUCCGAGCAGCCAGGCAAGGCCGGGGACGCCGCCUCGGAGGAGAAGGGCAAGGGCGAGGGCGCCCCAGACGCGGCCCCGGGGCAGGCGGCCCCCCAGGCUGCCGAGGAGAAGGCCGGUUCCGUGGAGACAGAAAGUGCCGCGAAAGCUUCCCCCGACAACUUGCCGUCCUCCAAGGCCGAAGACGGCCCCGCCAAGGAGGAGCCUAAACAAGCCGAUGUGCCUGCUGCUGUCACUGCUGCUGCUGCUGCCACCACCCCUGCUGCAGAGGAUGCUGCCGCCAAGGCGACCGCCCAGCCUCCCACGGAUACUGCGGAGAGCAGCCAAGCCGAAGAGAAGCUAGAUCUGGAGAGUCCUGCUGAAGGCGCCACAGCUGGAAACGGAAUUACACUGGUGCCCUCUGCUGAAGCUGUAGAUGAAACCAAACCUAAGGAAAGUGCCCGGCAGGAUGAGGGUAAAGAAGAAGAACGUGAGGCUGACCAAGAACAUGCCUGAACUUUAAGAAAUGGCUUUCCACAUCCCUCUCCUCCCCUCUCCUGAACCCAGUCUCUCCUGCCCUCUCUCAGCUCCACUCUGAAGUUCCCCUUCCUGUCCUGCUCACGUCUGUGAGUCUGUCUUCUCCUACCCACCAGCCCUCUUUCUCUCUGUGUGGCAAACAUUUAAAAAAAAAAAAGCAGGAAAGAUCCCAAGUCAAACAGUGUGGCUUAAACAUUUUUGUUUCUUGGUGUUGUUAUGAUGAGUUUUGGUAAUGAUGAUCCAAUCAUUUUGGGAAAUUCUUGCACUGUAUCCCAGUUUUUUGAUCUGGUGCGUGUGGCCCUGUGGGAGUCCACUUUCCUCUCUAUCUCUCUCUGUUCCAAGUGUGUGUGCAAUGUUCCGUUCAUCUGAGGAGUCCAAAAUAUUGAGUGAAUUCAAAACCAUUUUUGUUUUCCUUCUUUUCAAUGUGAUGGAAUGAACAAAAAGGAAAAAAAUCAAAAACCCGGUUUGUUUUAAAAAUAAAUAACUAAAUAAAUAAUAAAGCAGAUGUGCCAAUUAGCGUAACUUGCAGCUCUAUGGCUCCUUUUUCAAUCUGAAUAUUAAUAAAUCAUGAGAGUAAUCAGA